AUAGUAAGUAUUUAAAGUUGUUGGGCCAAACUUCAACAACUUGUAAGGAGUUUUUUUCAAAUUGAUGUGUUCAGAGAAAAAAAACCUCUAACAAUUUAGUUAGCUGAAGAAAAUUCUAGAGGAGUUAAUAAUGAAGUGAAUUUAUUCAUCACAUGAGAACGAAUGUUGUUAGAAAGAAUAAUGUUAUAGGGACACAUAUACCUAGGUGACAAAUUGUACUUACAACUAUAAUUGCACAGAUUGUAUGUCUUUUUUUGUUAUCUAGAUGAACUCACCCAUGCUUAAUCCCACAAUCUCUCUUUCUCGACCAUCGAGGCUGUAUAAUUUUCUCCAUAUAUUCGUGCUAACUUGAGCUUAUGAAACCAAAGGCUCUAUACGGCCUGGAUUAGUCGAUAGAACAUUGUCCUAUAAACUUGUUAUAUAUGGGAAGUAUGCAAUAUCAGCGACUCUACUUUGCAAUUGUAUCUCAUUUCUAGAAUGAUUCGAAAAACCAAUCAAAUUCAGAAUUAACCUAUUUCAGGUUAUAAUCCAAAUAAGCAUUUUAAGAAGUCAUUCCAUCCAAUUUUGUUGGUAGAUCAAAAUCGUCACUUUUACAUUCUAAACUGAUUGAUCCAAAUCUCCACAUACAUACCGUGGUCACACCUAAUUACCUUGUUAAUCAAGGACACUUUAGCUACUUAUGACUUGUAUGAAAUCUUUGCAAGGGUUAGCCUGAAGGCUGAAGCCAGCAAAGCUUUAUAUAUGCAGGAGGUAUCUUGGAGACAAAAAUCUAAAGAGUUAUGGCUCAAACUUGGAGAUUUAAAUACACAGUUCUUCCACCAGGCGGCAAAUUACAGGAGAAGAUUGAAUUCAAUCAACAACAUCAAAAUCAAUGGGGUGUUAGUAGAAGGAAAAUAAGAGGUAGCUCAAGGUGUUCUCCAGCUUAUCCUCCCCUGCUCCAUUCUAGUUGGAUUCCUCAAUUACAGCUUGAUCCUCCUAGGUAUAACCCCCAGGUCUUGCCAGUUGAGGGGGAUCCGGUGGUGGCAGAGGUGAUCAGCCCGGAAGGGGGCCGGUGGUGUGAUAGGAAGUUGAGUCAGUGGUUCGACCCUCCUACUUGUAAGGCCAUUAAAGCCAUCCCCCUUCCGCGAUUGCCGGUGGAGGAUAAGCUGAUUUGGCAUAAUAUUCCGGAAGGCAUUUUCACUGUAAAGUUGGCCUAUCAUUUAGCUGUCACCCUUGAUAGAAGGAAGGGCCGUUGGAGGUCAGAGGUUAUCUAGAUGGGUAAGGCUAGUUGGAUCAGGCUAUGGGAGGUUAAUCUGCCCCCUAACUUGAAGGUGUUUGUUUGGCAAAUUCUGAAUCGCAUGCUUCCUACGACAGAAGCCCUCAUUGCCAAAGAUGUUCCGAUUUUACCUAGGUGUCCGGUUUGUUGGGCCGAGUCGGAAACCUUGGAAUAUUUAUUCCUCUAUUGCCCGGUGGCUCGGGCGCUCUGGGACUAUUCGGGGCUGGCUUCCCUCGGAGAAGGGUUGCCUCAGGACACCUUUCCCCUGUUUCUUAAGUGGUUAAUGUCUCUGAUUAAUCAGCCAUCCAUUCUCAUGGCGGUUGUUGCUGUCCUUUGGCGAAUAUGGCGUUCUUGAAACUGGGUUGUCUUCGACGGAAAGCAGUUUGGGAUCCCUGCUCUGAUGCGUCAGUACAACCAGCAGUAUGAGGAAUGGGUUGGGCUGCCUGUGGAUCGGAACUUCCGUUCCUCUGCCCUUCCCCCUCCUCAACCGGUUCCGCUGGAGGCUGAUAGGCUGGUUUGCAUGUGGGAUGGGGCUACGGGGAGGGGGUCCCACUCAGCUGGGGGGAUUGUUAUUAUGACCCCGGCUAGAGGGGUCCUUAUGGCUGGUGAGGUUCAGUUCCCGGGCAUCGAUGAUCCCAUGGUAGUAGAGGUGUUGGUGCUCCGGGAAGCUAUCAUGUGGUGUCUGAAUCAGGUAGUGAUGGCAAUGGGGCGGGGCGGGGCAGGUACCUCAAUUCCCAUGCCCCGCCCCACGCUACUACGGGGCGGGUAAAACCCGCGCGGGUACGGGGCGGGUCGACCCACUCUUACAUGUUAUUCGAAAAAAAUACAAGUAAAUUUUACUUUUUACGAUAAAACGAAGGGUAAAACACUUUAAGAAUGAAAAAUAUUGAUAAUAGAAUGGGUAAUUGAGU